UGUGUUUUGGUUUCCUAACCUCAACUUUGUACGCAAGGUAAACGAUAUUAUUGCUAGAAUCAUAUCAACACAAAUCAACGUGUAGGAAUAGUCUCGAAUUCAUAAAUGGACACUGAUUUAUAUGAUGAGUUUGGGAACUACAUUGGUCCCGAACUGGACAGUGACGAGGAAGAAGAAGAUGUACAGGAACAGUAUGCGGAUGACGAGGAGCAGCAGGAUUACGAUGACGAACAAAUGGAGGAAAAUGAACCACAGCCCAUGCCAAUCGUUUUACAUGAAGACAAAGCCUAUUAUCCGUCUGCGCAGCAAGUGUACGGUCCUGAUGUAGAAACAAUUGUUCAGGAAGAAGAUGCGCAACCGUUAGAAGUUCCACUAAUUGAACCGGUAAAAAAGAAGAAAUUUCAACUUAAAGAACAAGAUUUACCGGAUACUGUGUACGAUAUGGAGUAUUUAGCAGAUAUGAUGGAUAGUACACCACUUAUUCGUAAUGUUGCCCUUGUCGGCCAUUUACAUCACGGAAAGACGACAUUUGUCGAUUGUUUAAUUAGGCAAACCCAUCCCGGCUACCAGGAUUAUGAAGAGAAGAACUUAAGAUAUACAGAUAUACUUUUCACCGAACAAGAACGUGGUACGUCUAUUAAAUCGAUUCCGAUUACGUUACUUUUGCCAGAUGUAAAGCAAAAAAAUUUCCUCAUAAAUGUGUUUGAUACACCCGGCCAUGUCAAUUUUUCUGACGAAGUUACUGCAGCAAUGCGAUUGUGCGAUGGAGUAAUACUCUUCGUAGAUGCGGCUGAGGGUGUAAUGCUUAAUACGGAACGACUUCUAAAACACGCCGUGCAAGAACGCAUGCAGAUUACUUUGUGCAUUAAUAAAAUCGAUCGUUUAAUCUUAGAACUGAAACUGCCUCCUCAAGAUGCUUAUUAUAAACUCAGGCAUAUUGUUGAAGAAAUUAACGGGUUAUUAACAUUAUACUCUACCGACGUUAAUCCAAUCAUUUUGUCACCAGUUUUGGGUAAUGUAUGCUUUGCUAGUUCGCAAUAUGGUGUUUGCUUUACCCUAAAAUCGUUUGCUAGCAUUUACAAGCAAUAUUACGAUGACGUAAAUGUUGAAGAAUUCUCUAAACGAAUGUGGGGAGACAUUUAUUUUAAUAGUAAAACUCGUAAAUUUACAAAGAAAGCUCCCCACAACUCGGCCCAAAGAAGCUUUGUGGAGUUUAUUCUGGAACCGCUAUUUAAAAUAUUCGCUCAGGUUGUUGGUGACGUUGAUACGACUUUACCGGAUGUACUAGACGAACUGGGAAUUAAAUUAAACAAGUUGGAAUUAAAACUGAACAUCAGGCCGUUGUUAAGGCUGGUUUGUAACAAGUUUCUCGGGGAUUUCUCGGGCUUUGUCAGUAUGUGCGUCGAACACAUAAAUUCUCCAAUUAGUAAUGCAAAAAUAAAAGUGGAUCACAUUUAUACAGGACCUACAACUAGCAAGCACUAUGAAGACAUGAUUAAAUGUGACCAAGAGGGUAAACUAAUGGUACACAGCUCCAAGAUGUAUCCAACCGACGACUGUACAUUUUUCCAAGUACUCGCACGUGUGAUGAGUGGCACGUUACAUGCAGGACAAGAUAUUCGCAUUCUUGGUGAGAAUUACACGUUACAAGAUGAAGAAGACUCUCGUGUGCUAACUGUGGGGCGUUUAUGGAUUUAUGAAGCACGUUACAAAAUCGAACUAAAUCGUGUACCUGCAGGAAAUUGGGUGCUAAUUGAAGGAAUUGAUCAAUCUAUUGUCAAAACUGCAACAAUUGCAGAUCUGACAAUAUACGAAGAAUUGUAUAUUUUUCGCCCCUUAAAGUUUAACACACAAAGUAUAAUAAAGAUAGCAGUAGAGCCAGUGAACCCCUCAGAAUUGCCAAAGAUGCUGGAUGGUCUACGAAAACUCAACAAAUCCUAUCCUCUUUUAACGACACGCGUCGAAGAAUCCGGUGAGCACGUCAUCUUAGGUACCGGCGAGCUGUACCUAGAUUGUGUAAUGCACGAUCUACGUAAAAUGUAUUCCGAAAUUGAUAUAAAAGUUGCCGAUCCUGUUGUGUCAUUUUGUGAAACGGUAGUUGAAACUUCCAGCUUAAAAUGUUUCGCAGAGACGCCUAAUAAGAAGAACAAAUUGACAAUGAUCGCCGAGCCAUUGGAAAAGGGCCUCGCCGAAGACAUAGAAAAUGAAAAUGUUCAAAUUACUUGGAAUAAAAAGAAACUGGGGGAAUUCUUUCAAACUAAAUAUGAUUGGGAUUUACUAGCUGCUAGAAGUAUUUGGGCUUUUGGACCAGAUGUCACCGGACCUAAUAUUCUUGUUGACGAUACCCUUCCCUCCGAAGUUGACAAAGGUUUGCUAAAUUCUGUAAAGGAUUCCAUUGUGCAGGGCUUUCAAUGGGGGACAAGAGAAGGUCCACUGUGUGAAGAACCCAUCAGAAAUUCAAAGUUUAAAAUUCUUGAUGCCGUAAUUGCGCAGGAACCACUGCAUCGGGGUGGUGGGCAAAUAAUACCGACAGCACGGAGAGUGGUUUAUUCCGCAUUUCUAAUGGCAACGCCUAGAUUGAUGGAACCGUACCUCUUUGUUGAAGUACAAGCUCCGGCUGAUUGCGUUUCUGCAGUUUACACAGUAUUAGCAAAGCGCAGAGGGCACGUUACUCAAGAUGCUCCAGUUCCUGGCUCACCUCUCUAUACCAUAAAAGCAUUUAUUCCAGCCAUUGACAGUUUUGGUUUUGAGACUGAUUUAAGAACACAUACUCAAGGUCAAGCUUUCUGUCUGUCUGUAUUUCAUCACUGGCAAAUUGUACCAGGUGAUCCUCUGGAUAAAACAAUUGUAAUACGACCAUUGGAACCACAACCUGCUACGCAUUUAGCUAGAGAGUUUAUGAUUAAAACGAGAAGAAGAAAAGGUCUUAGUCAGGAUGUUUCCAUUAACAAGUUCUUUGAUGAUCCUAUGUUAUUGGAGUUAGCUCGGCAGGAUGUUAUGCAUAAUUAUCCUUUGCUGUAAUUUUAUAAUGUGUACUUCUUGUAACAGGAAUAAAUGUCAAACUAAUUUUUUUUAA